GAAUUUGCCUCCAUUUAUGGAACACUAAUGUUGAGUACGGGAUCAAUCGCUGUCGAAUCGAUGGCAUAGUUCUUCGAUCUUCAGACAUUGUUCGCCUUCCAGUGUGAUUCUUAAGCAGCGGGGAUCACCUUCUCUCUUCAUCAAUGGUGGACUUCCUACGCUUCCUCCUUUUCAUCGCCCUCAUCGGUGUGCACUUCAACUGUUUGGCCGAGAGCCGGAAGGAGUUGAGGGGUAAGGCGGAUUUCAACCAUGAAACUGUCAUUCAGUUAAGAAGCUCCACGCCAUUGAAUAGGGUUGAUCCAUCACGCGUUAUUUCGCUGUCUUGGCGACCAAGGGUGUUCCUAUAUCAAGGCUUUCUGACAGAUGAGGAAUGUGAUCAUCUUAUUUAUUUGGCACAAGAUCCUAAAGUGGGUAUUGCGGGAAAUGGUGAUAAUUCCAGGCAGACAGUGAAGAAGAGGAUGUUGGCUAGUACAAAGCUUCUUCCAGAUACAGAUGACAAUGUUAUAACAAGGAUUGAGGAAAGAGUUGCAGCAUGGACUUUGCUUCCUAGUGGUGCUUGCCUCUUGCCCAGCCUCAUCCUACUGUAACUUGUCCUUUGUCUCACCAGUUACAACCCAGUUCAGUGAUCAACCUCACUUGUCCUUAUUUCAGAUAACGGGCAGUCGUUACAGGUCACACAGUAUGGAGUCGAAGAGCACACCGCUCAGAACCUUAGUUACUUCAGCAACCAAUCCUUAUCGACCUCAAAUGAGGCUCUGGUAGCCACUCUUGUGUUCUAUCUCUCAAAUGUGACUCAUGGUGGGCAAAUUCUCUUCCCUAACUCAGAGGACAAGAGCAAGAUAUGGACCGAUUGCACAAAGAGCAGCGAGAUUCUAAGACCGAUAAAAGGGAAUGCGAUACUGUUCUUCAAUCUUCACCUCAACACUUCCCCUGACCCGAGCAGCUUCCACUCUAGGUGCCCAGUCCAGGAACCUGAAAUGUGGGUCGCCACCAAAUUCUUCUUCCUUAGGCCCACCAUUGCCGGGAACCCUCCACCUCAUCAAUCAGGUAGCAGCAGCGAAGAAUGUUCCGACGAGGACGAUAACUGCCCCGCAUGGGCCACUUCAGGAGAAUGCGAGAAGAAUCCCGUUUACAUGAUUGGUUCUGAUGACUACUUUGGAACUUGUCGUAAGAGUUGUAAAGUCUGCUGAACUAAUCUAUAGCUAGUUUGAUGGUAAGAUAGAAGUCUUACCAAUCUAAUUAUUGCGGAAUGCUCGACUGUUCUCGAGCUUAAAUUAGAUAUAAUCAGCGGAAAUUCGAGCUUUUCAGAAGUAGCUAAUCAAGCAAAGUGAUCAAAUUGCCAUUAAAAUAGCCCUGCAACUGAAAUUUCACUGCAUAAUUUCAAGUAUGUGUAAAAAAAAGAAGGAAAAAAAAAGGUUCCUAGUGAAUUCUUCUUAUUGCGCUUUUGUUGAAUCGACAAACAGCAGGACGGAGAAUAAAGUAGCUCUGACCGUUCUACGUGGUGGCUGCAGGUUUUACGACGAAGUAGUUGGUUUCUUGACGGAGCACGAGGACUUGAAAGCUUCGAUCUGGGAUUGACAUUUAGCGUAAGCGUAGUUCCCCUUGUUCUCCUCCAAGCACUUCUUCAGCGCCUCCACAUCGCACGCCGGAGCAAUCUUCUUCUUCCCGGCAUCGGCGCCGUCGCUCACGGCCGUCCUUCCUUCCAUGCUAGUCUCUCCUUCCUCCCGCCGAUUUUGUUUUUCUGGUAACCGAUUUGGGAGGAGAAAGAAGAAGAGGACCAGAGGGAUGUCAACGGCGUCGUUUUUGUUGAGAAGUGUGUUCUGUA